UUUGAAGUUAGUUUAAAAUGUUCAAAUGACAAGUAACCUGAAUAAAACAUUUUUGAAAGUUACCAAAUACAUUUGCAGGCUUAUUUCUGGGAUAUGCUUUGUGUUCAAAUCAUGUUUUGACACAUAACACAACACAACACACAACACCUUUCUGUCAGUGUGACAUAACCCCUCCCCCUGUCCUGUAUUGGAAAAAAACACACACCCAGAGGCAGCAGCGUAUAAAGGCAGAGUCAUUCUUAGGCAACAGUGGACUUUAGGACCUGCAGUGAGUUGGAGAUGAGUUCAAGGAAGCAGGAACGCUCCAGACUCAAGGAUUCCCAGCAGGAAAAUGGAGUCCAGUCGAACCAUUACAGCACCAUCUCUCCUCCUGGCUCACCCGUGGCCCAAGAGGAACCUUUCUCCACCUACUUUGAGGAGAGGGUUCCCAUUCCAGAAAGUCCCAACCAGAUAUUCAGUUUCCGUAAACUCUGGGCCUUCACCGGACCAGGGUUUUUGAUGAGCAUUGCUUACUUGGAUCCUGGGAACAUCGAAUCAGACCUGCAGUCUGGUGCAAAAGCUGGUUUUAAGCUCCUAUGGGUGCUGCUUGUGUCCACCAUCAUUGGGCUGCUGCUGCAGAGGCUCGCUGCACGCCUCGGCGUCGUCACCGGGAUGCACCUGGCUGAGGUCUGCAACCGCCAGUAUCCCACCGUUCCACGGAUUAUUCUCUGGUUAAUGAUCGAGCUGGCUAUUAUUGGUUCAGACAUGCAGGAGGUCAUCGGCUGUGCCAUAGCUUUCAACCUUCUGUCAGUGGGCAGGAUCCCACUGUGGGCAGGAGUUCUCAUCACCAUCACAGACACAUUUGUGUUCCUCUUUUUAGACAAAUACGGCUUGAGGAAACUUGAAGCUUUCUUUGGAUUUCUGAUUACUGUAAUGGCCAUAAGUUUUGGUUAUGAGUACGUUCUGGUGAAACCGGAUCAGGGAGAGGUUCUUAAAGGGAUGUUUUUGCCGUACUGUGCUGACUGCGGGCCCGUGCAGCUGGAGCAGGCCGUGGGAAUCGUUGGUGCUGUCAUCAUGCCCCACAACAUCUACCUGCACUCAGCGCUUGUAAAGUCCAGAGAAGUGGAUCGGAAAAAUAAGAAGGAAGUAAAAGAAGCCAAUAAGUACUUUUUUAUCGAAUCAUCUAUCGCCCUUUUCGUGUCCUUCCUCAUCAACGUCUUCGUCGUCGCAGUCUUUGCUCAGGCUUUUUACAAUAAAACUAACAUGGACGUGUACGAUGAGUGCAACAAGACCGGCAUCCACCACGACGACCUCUUCCCUCUCAACAAUGGCACUCUGGAGGUGGACAUCUACAAAGGGGGAGUGGUGUUGGGGUGUUUCUUUGGACCUGCAGCUCUCUACAUCUGGGCUGUCGGGAUUCUGGCAGCCGGUCAGAGCUCCACCAUGACGGGCACUUACUCUGGACAGUUUGUGAUGGAGGGGUUUCUGAACCUGAAGUGGUCUCGUUUUGCUCGGGUGCUGCUGACCCGUUCCAUCGCUAUCACGCCAACGCUCCUCGUCGCCAUUUUCCAGGACGUUCACCAUCUGACGGGGAUGAACGACUUCCUCAAUGUGCUUCAAAGCAUGCAGCUUCCGUUUGCUUUGAUCCCGAUCCUGACGUUCACCAGUCUGACUUCCAUCAUGAAUGACUUUGCUAACGGGCUGGCGUGGAAGAUUGCAGGAGGCGUCCUCAUCCUGGUGGUUUGUGCAAUCAACAUGUACUUUGUGAUUGUUUAUGUGACUGCGCUGAACAGCAUCCUGCUCUACGUUAUCGCUGCUCUCCUCUCCUUGGCAUACCUGGCCUUCGUGAUCUACCUGGCUUGGCACUGCCUGGUUGCCCUGGGGGUUUCCUGCCUGGACUGUGGCAGCAGGAUGGACGGUGGACUGUCCCGCCACACAGACCUGUACCUACUGAAUGACAUGGAGACGGAUCCGCAGGCUGAGAGAUAAUGGGACGCCGGGUGCAGUCCGGUGCUGCACUCUGACUGUAGACGCACGAUUUGACUGGAGGGAACCUCUGAAGCUCGGCCAGUAUAACUUUCUCUUCAACCCUCGGCGUCUCACAUCAGCUGAAGUGUCCUUACGGCGCACCAGGAGACAUUUAAACAUGUCCAACAUCUCAGACGCUUCGUCUUUCCUGGACAGCAUCCUGUAUAUUAAAUGGUGUGUGGGUGCUAAAGGGAGAUCUGAGAAGCUGGAUAAUGCCAAGGACACUUGGUGUUAGCGACCACACACUGCAGCACAUAUUCAAUCAUUUCCUUUCGUGAACAAAUCAAAUAAUGAAACCUCAAUAGCAAAUUAUCAGAGCAAUAGAUUCAGAGAAACGGUGGUGCUUGAAUGCUGGUGUCCAUCAUUCCCAACAAACUACUGCACACUGCUCUUUAUUAGCCAUUUUUUUCUCACCUUCAACAUUUUUAUCCGUCAGGGAAAACGUACAAUAGUUUAUAUAAUUAUCUACAUAUUUAUAAAUAUGUUACUGCUGCAUUAUUAGGUCAUACUGUGUGUCUCAGUAUGUUUGUUGUUUUAAACGUUAGCUCUUUGUCAGGGACCAAGCUGCUUCCCUUUAUGUUACAAAAGCCUGGGAUAAAUUAUUUAUUCAGAUAUUUAACUCAAAGUCAUUGUAAAAAGUGAGAAGGGUGUUCAAUAUGAGUAAAAAAAGUCAUCUGGUCUUUAAGCACUUACUUUAGACUGACAUAGAUUUUUUUUUUUCUCCAAAUAAUUUUAAAGACAUUUGUGGCCGAAUGGUGGAUUUAGUAUGAUACAAGCAUGCUAAAUAAAACUCAGAAAUCAUUUAUAAUUAACAAGUAUAAAAAUUUUUUAUUUCACCCAUGGUUGAAUUAAAUUAUAUUUUUAUUUCAUACAAAGAACCAGAUGAUUUUUUAAAAAUUUUAACCUGAAUGAUCAAACAUGAAAUUAUUUGUACAAUGACAAAGUUCAUAGUUAAAAUAUCCAAGAUGAAUGUAAAAGAUAAAAGGUUUAAUAUAUAUGAUAUAUUGGUCACAUUUCUCCCUUUGUUGUUUUUUUAAAUAAUAUAUAAGAAAAUAUCAGAGGUUUUUUUUGUUGAAUAUCUAAGGAACCCAUUUGCUCCAAGAGUACAAAGUUGAUGUUAUCUUAUGUUUGGCAAAAAAGUUACUUUAAUUUGAAAGAACAUUAAUUAUUAUACAUAAGCUGCAGUGUUUUUUUUCUGUUUGAAACCAUGUCACCACUUUCCGUUACUUUUUGUGUCUUAUUGUAAGCAUCACAACCCAACCGUUGACAAAAACCGGAUGGCGUUUAUAGGAGGAACGUGAAGUUAUGCAGCAGCGUUUUUGUCUUCACAUGUUCAAUCUGUGAUUUUUCAGAAAUACUAGCCUGUGAUGCUGCUGUUCAUUCUUUGUUUUUAAAGUGCCAAGUUAAGCUUUAGGCAUGCAUCACUUGUGACAAGUUAGAGGAGAUAAUGCUGAGAUCAAAUGUGCUUCUUCGGGUAUUUCAUUAGAGUUUUAAUAAUAAUAAUAAUAUGCAAUAAAUCACCUAAAUUGUUAGCAAACACAACCGAAGUGACAAUUCACUAUGUGUUCCCAUUCUUCGCACGUUCCCGUUAAUUCAACUUCUUUCACGAACCUGCAACAGCGUUUUACUCUGAUGGAUAAAUUCUUUACCCAUGUUUCUGCUUCCAUCUUUUUCCCUGAGGUCAGUUAAGUUUUAUUUUAAAAAUCUGUAUUUCUGUUUCUAGCUGUGCAUUUUUUCUGUUUCGAAUGUUUCAGUUGGUCUAGAUGUCUUGAAAAGAUGCACUAGCUUGUAUUGAUUUCCCCCAACUUUGUGCAGUCCGUUACCGAAAAAAAAAAAAAAAUGCAGCAAAUAACUUAGAAACAAAUGUGUGUCGGAAAACUGGCAGCUAAAGUGAGCUGCUGUGAUAUUUAUGGGGCGAUGCAUACAUCCUACAGAGUAUUUGUAACUUAAAGUUGUUGUAUGAUUUUUAUUAUUAUUUAAUUUAAAAGAUGGACUAAAGUGCAUUCAGAGAAAUUAAUAGAAAUCAGAAGUAACAGAUUUAGGGCAGUGACCUUUCAAAAUAAAAGCAGCUAGUAACAAGAGGCUACUAGACAAGAGGAAGAGCAGAAGAAAAAUACUAGAUUAUUAACAGCUGUACCAUCAUCCAUGGUAGCUGUGAAUGUGGACUACUGAUUUGCAUCAUUAAAUCCAAAUUCUUCUCCUGACCAAAUAUCAAACUGAACUUGUACUGUAUGUUUUUAUUCCACAGUGCCUCCUAUGCUCACCAGCGUGCCUCAGCUAACAAAUGUUUGGCACACUUUUAUUUUAUUUUUUUUUAAAAAAAGCAUCUGAGUACAUGAGGAAAAAAAUGAAAGAUAUAUUUGAAAACCUACAUAAGCUUUAUAAGUUGAGUCUUUGAUAAUGUUCUGAAACGCUAGCAUUUGGAUUAUAUUGUGUUACAUGUAGAUCUCCACGUUUUAAAGACGUUCCAAUGUCAUGCUAAUUUUGGCACAUUUCUGGUCUGUAGACAGAAAGCUACUGAGGUGAUAUGUUGUUUUUCAGAACUUAUGAAACUGCACAGUAGGGUCCACCAUUGAAAACAUGUGUAAAGGUGGUUUUCUCCCAUCUGUAUUUUAAUGUUUUAAUAUUGGUUUUUUUUUUCUUGCCAAACCAAAAGAGUUGAGCAUUUUUGAAAAGCUGUUUCUUAAAAAAUAAAUAUAUCCACAAUUUUA